AUGUCUCCGUCUCCUUUCUCCUUCUUCAAAAAUCGUAACAAUCAUGGGGAAAAGACCCUCCCUGGACCCUCAUCUCUGGCACAAACUGAACAGAGCGUCAAAGGCCAACGCAAGUUGCGAAAACCUUCACUUCGAGGACGAAAUGCCCUCCUUCCAGACCUCGGCGGCCCUUCGCAAGGCUUCAACGGCGCUGCCGCUUCUUCACACAGAGGAAAUGCUUCAGUGCGGAUGCAGCAUACACCAGGCGUGCCCAUGAGCGCCUCCAGCCAGUUUAUCGGGCCUGAAGGCCAACCCUUUCCACCACCGUACAGAAUGAACAGUUUUAGGCUCAUGCAGGACAAUGACGGGCGCAUGCAGAGCUUCGCGUUAGAGGAUCCUGGCCCCGUUGUCAGCAGCUACUCACACGGUCGGUAUCCUGUGGUCCAACAUGCGACUUCAUCAGCAGCACCUUCGAGAGUAUGGAGCGAAAUUGCUUCCGUUCACAGAGAUUCAACUUCUGCACAUCGCACUGGAGGGGCUAGCGAUAGGGCUACGUGGAAGGACGAUUCAAAUCGGUCCCUGCCCCAAAAAACUGCACUUAUACACCCGCAACCGAAGAGGGCGUCCAAGGCGUCGAUCGCCUCGAGCAUAAGCCAGCAGGACCUGCGAUAUAUUGAAUAUCCCAGUCGCCCACCCACACCGGCGCGGGACCCAGAGCCUCAAAAUCUAGCUGUGAUGCGAAGCAAUCAUCAGGAAGAUGACAACAUAUCAAGAAGAAAUCAUUCAACGCACAGGACAGCGGCGCCAGUAGUUGAACCCGACGGGGACUCAGAGCCCGAAGUAUACAACUACAUUAUUCCAAGUGGCAAAAACAUCAUAUUUCUGGACGAGGAAGGCAUGGAAAUCACAAGAAUUAGCAAGACAGGCCUCGUGCACCACAUGAACCAACGAACGAAGAAUACACCGAUUAUUGUCUAUGACCAAUUGGGAAAAGUGCUCUAUCGAGAUCUGCUACCUCCGCCUCGACAUCGGAACGGUCGUAACUUCAAGGGCGGCGGAGGAGGCGUCCAAAGAACAAACUCUCAAUUGAGGCAAAAACCGCUCGCCUUGGGGCAGUCAGAGGUCAUCGAGAUCAACCAGGACUAUCUUGGUCGACGACAAAGGGAAUCAGAUACCAAUCUCGACAACGGGUUCGACCGCAGUUAA